AUAUAAAUAGUGCUGAUUAAAUGAAAUCUAGUCACUUUCAAAUCGACUUCUCUGAGAAGAGCACCUGAUUAUUAUUUUCAAAACAAUAUAAGAAUAAUCCAAAAUGGAGAACAUUAACUGUUACACACAAUUUAAUUUGCCAAUUGAAGCGGAAGCCUAUUCUCCAUACCAUCGACAGCAGCAGCACUUUCUUAUGGAGCAAAUGAUGUGCCUUCAAGUACCAUACGAAGCGUAUCAAAAUUUCCAAGGGAACCAGCAAGGCUAUAAUGAUGGGACUCAUAAUACUAACUUAGAGCAAGCCCGUUUGUACUUCCACGAACAAAAAGAAGUUGAUGAUUCCAAAUUUGAAAAAAUACAGAGACUAUCAUCUUCAGUCGUGGAUCCUGACAAAGAAGCAACCGACGAUCACAAGUAUGAAGCGUUCAGAAAACAUUUAAAUGAGAACUUGAGGUAUUUUAAUUUAAAUGGGCUGCAAGCUAAGGGUUUCUUUUUGAGUGGUAAUGUCUCCAAAAAAACUAAACGUUUUCAAGAGUCUCGCUCAACUUAG